AUGUAGGAUACUUGGUUAACAAAACAAGUAACAAAAUAUAUCGUUAUUAAUGAAAUACUGAGUUGUGAAGCAUUUGGUUGUUUAUAUAAGGGUUUCUACAAAGAGGAUGAAACCAAGCUAAUCGCUGUAAAGCUUGUCAAAAUAGCCGUAACUUUAUCAUAAGCAAGACCCUCUAGAUGUUUGGGGAAAAUCCAAAGCUUCUUGAAUUGUUUAAAUAAGAAAUUGCAAUACUUUAAAAAAUCAAUCAUCCAAAUAUUAUAAGAAUACUUGAUAUCAUUCGUACCAAUAAUUAUGUGUACAUAAUCCUUGAAUAUUGUGCAGACGGCAACCUCAAAAAAUACAUCGCGAAAAAGAAAGAAAAUAGACUUAGUGAAGUGAAACUUUAAUUUAUGAUAGGUUGAAGCAAUACUCUUUAUAAAUCAUAUUGUUGAAGGCUUUAAAAUUUUGUAUUAGAAUAAAAUAAUUCAUCGUAAUAUUAAGCCAGGCAACAUAUUGUUACAUUAGGGGAUAGCCAAGGUUACUGAUUUUAGCGUAGCUUGUGUGAUAGAUUCGGAUAUGAAUGGUUUUCAAUUUCUUAUUUUAUUUCCUUA